CACCCUAGAAAUUUCCGUUUGUUUUUUUUGCCUUUAGCGCGACAGUGGUGCUGCUGCUGAGCCUUAGCAGAGUGUGUGUGUGUGUAGAUGGUGGACUGUUCCCGGUGAAAAAACAGCGACCCCCGGCCGCAUUAAAAUGCCUCAUCGCCGCGUCUAAACGGGCGAAACUCCGCGGAGGGGAGCGAGUCAGGUCUCCAGGCAGGUUUAGAGGAAAAUAAAGGCAGGAUGUUGCAAGUUUUAGCUUGUGGCGCCGUAGUUUUUCCCGGUCUCUUUUUCGCAUUCAGGAGAAUCCUGCCUUGUGUGUUCAAACACUGGAACGAUGCCGACGUGGUGCUGGUCAGCGAGAGGCUGGUGUCCUCCAUCCAUGCCAUCAUGGCAACUACGGCAGGAGCCAUCGUUGUGUCAUCAUGCCGGGACAGCGUUGUUAACGACAGGCACUGGCUGGCCACCUACUUUGUCAUCUGGUACGGUGGGCCGUACAUGACAUACGACAUCAUCGCCAUGUACCUAAGUCACUUCCACCGCUUCCGCGUCAAAGGGCACGAGGACUACAAGCAGCAUUCCCUGAGGACCAUAAACUCCUUCAUCCGCAGAGAGUUCCUGCUGGUGUUGCAUCACAUCGCCCUGCUCACAAUCCUGCUGCCUGUCACACUGUUCUUCAGAAGGGACCAGGGGGAUUUCUUCAUCGGCUGCUUGUUUUUAACAGAGCUCAGCACACCCUUCGUCUCCCUGGGGAAGAUACUUAUUCAGCUCAGCCUCCAGAACUGCUGGCUGCACAAGGCCAAUGGCGGUAUGGUACUGCUCACCUUCUUUAUGUGCCGCAUCGCCCUCUUCCCCUACAUGUACUGGGUGUACGGCCGCCACUACGGCAUCCCGCUCUACAGCGUGCCCUUCCACCUGCCGCUGUCCACCAACCUGGGCAACUUGUGCAUCCUGGCGCCGCAGGUCUACUGGUUCGUCCUUCUUUGCAGAAAGGGCUUUCGUCUGUACCAGCGUAGCCGUAUGCCAGACUCGUCUCCGGCGACCCCUGUCACUGACAAUCCCAAGGAUGAUUGAUAUCCAUUUCACAAUUGCUCGCUCAAGCCGCACACUCAGCUACUAACGCAACUACUUCUGCAAAGGCACUAGUUUGACUUAACACAUUUCAAAUCCCACCAUUGAACUGUAGUACACCAGGACUGCCUGCUCUUGUCCCACAACCCCUGGGCAUUUUCCGCACACUUUAAAUCUUCUGUUUCAAAAUCUGCUGCCUGUGUGGACCUGUCCACCAAUCCAGCUCGACUACUGAAGUUUGAUGAUUUCUUGUUUUUUUUUUUGUUUUUUUUUGUCUUUUGGGAAUUUGGCUCUUGCCUGGAUCUUUCUGAAGUACUACACUGCUUCUGUCAACAUUUACAACACUGAAGAAAGGUCAUGUUUGCUUCACUGCGGGUAAACCAUGGAGUGAAAGAGCUCCCAUAGAGAGACAUUAUCUUAUCGCCUACUCCUACCGUGUUUACAGCCUCUGCUGAUUUGGAUGGUCUGUUACAGUGUAUGUGUGAGUGAUUGUUACGACAGGUUGUAUUUAUUUUAAUGAUUUUACUGCACUGUGUCGGAUAGUUGCGCUUCCUCUCCCAUCGAUUCACUCAUCACACCGACGAGAAGAAUUAGGAAAAGUGGUGGGUGGGUUGCAAGUUCAGGCAGUAUUAGGAAUAAUUGUGAGGAAUACAUGUCACCUCAUUUGCAUUUGAGAGCUUAAAACGGCUAAAUUUGUUACCACCCAGUUAAUGUGACUCCCCCCUGCCCUGUUCAUUUCUAUCAUAGUUUCCAUACAGCAUGUUACCGGUUGUUUUCUCCUGUUAAAAGUCACUGAGAUCUGUUUGUUAGGCCACAGAGAAGCGGGGGUGAUGGGUAUGGGGUGAGGCUUAAUGUGUGAUGAACUCAGGGCCAUGGUCAGAGCAAUAAGGCGAGCAGAGGCUCACCAGAGCAAACGUAUACAGAGGAUUGAAAUUCCUAAGCAAUCAGCUACAAAAAAAACAACAUUGGAGGAUAUCAGGAGUGAUUAUUCCUGAAGGUGAUCAUUAACAUCCGGUAACUGCUGUCUUUUCCCUGAGGCUCCACAGAUGUAUAUGCACUUGUGCAUCAGCUGUUGCAUUGAGCACUUCACACAGGGCUGUAUAUAUUUAAUGCUUUAGUUCAAUCACAAAAUAGAGAUAGUUUUAAAGCUUAAACCUAUAUCUCAACAUCGUAAUUACCUGAGAGGACCAUUUUUUGUUUGUCACGCAAAGCAUUUUUUGUUGUUGCUCGAUUCACAGUUGCAUAAAGACAUUUAUCAUGGCAUUUAUGAGAGAAAAUCACAUGCUUCACUUUUGAUCUUAAGAAUAUUAUUUCUUCAUAUCAAGAAAUAAAUAGAAUAUAUUAUUUUCAUAAGAAUGCAGUGGGGUUAGUUUCAUUCACAAUCUAGACCCUGAAGUUGAUUUAACUAAUAACAAUUUUGGUCAUUCAAGCUUUGUAGUGAACUAACUGAUUUAAGUGCUUUCAUGACCUUUUUUUUAUGUCCUGCAAUUUCAAUCUAUGCAAAAAGAGGCUGCGGUGCAUGUAUACAACACUAAUGUCAAAUCCAUAUCAAAUUGACCCACGCCUCAGUAUGUUAUUUUCUGGGACCAUACAUUUAUUUCUCCUGUACAUUUCUACUGGGACUUCACACUACAAAUCAUGGUCUCAUGUUGCAUUUUAGUUGGAAGUUUAAAAAGGUCUUUGCUUGUCUUUUAAAUUUACCUCAGCGUUUUUGAUUCAUUCAUGGGAUGCCGGGGGGGGGGGGUAUAUUUAUCAUUAGUAGUUAAGACUUGAUAUGUCUACCAAGCUAUAAAGGUUUUGUCAUGAUAAUGUGACUCUGAGGCAGGCAAUUGCAUUUUUAAAAGACGGCAAACUGCUUUACCUUCAUCCAAUAAUUGUUUAAUCUUUAGUUUCGAUUCCAAAAAUGUUUCCACACAUCCAAGCGAGCCUACAUAUGUAACUUUUGCUGAGCUGUGAAUCAAGUGUUGGGAUCAUUGUGCAGGGGAAAACUGAGUGUGACACUAGUCCAAGUAAAGAAAAGACAUAACAGACGGACGUAAUUUCAGACAUUAUCUAUCUAAAGUUUUGUGACAUUAGCAGCCACCAUAAGCUACUGGUCAUACCAGACCUGCUAAGGCUGUACAAGCAAAUCCCCCGAGAGUGGUAAAUUGAGUGCGGGUGUUUAUGAAUUCACCUUUUUCUAUUGAUUUCUUCUUUCACAAGUUGCAUAGUCUCGCUUUAACAAAGACAACAAUUGCGUAGUUUACAAAGAGACUGUUCACUUUAGGAAGUCCCCACGUUGGUGUACAGGGCAUGGCCUGUUACGCUUACUUUCUAUACUGUGAAAUUUAGAUUAUACUAGGGCUGAACGAUUUGAGGAAAAAAAAAAUCAAAAAUAGCCAUUCUUCCUUCGGUUUGGUUUGCGAUAAUUAUUUUUAGCUUGUUAAAUAAAGUAAUACAUAAUAAAUGAAAAAUCCAUUGAAAAUAGGACAUUUCUGUAACCAAUAUGUGACAUUAUUCCAGCUUGUAUCUUAUGAAAAAACAGUAAAUAUAAUCAUAAUAAAGCAGAAUAGAAAAUUUUGGGAUACACCGAACAUUUAACUAAAUAAGUCCCAUUUGAUUAAUCGCUGUCUUCACGAUUAUCUUAAUCGCAUUCGUUCAAAUCACAAUUUCAAUUUGAAAACGAUUAAUCGUUCAGCCCUAGAUGAUAAAAAUAGACAUAUUUAUGCAUAUUUGUUCUAACACAAAGUGGCAGUGCUGUCUUGAGGGCUCUUUUAGUCCUCAAAUUAAAUUGUUCCCUGAAGGAAAUUUCAUCUUUCAAGCAUCAAGACUCUGCUAAACAGACCAGCUGUUGCAUUGUGGGUUCUGUAGUGUGGCUAUGACCUGUAUGGGGGAUCUUGUGGUUCUGCACUGCACUAUGGCAAACACAGUUGGUAUCCAUGUCUGGUGGGAGCAGCAUUGUAGGGAAAAGGUGAUGAGUCUUGUUGUUGGUCGACGCACAAGUCAGUUUGCUGACGAGUAGCAUGAGGAGGAGGGAGUAAGGAGAGCCGAGCUGCUGAAUGAUGGGCUUGUUUUUCUCGUUUGGCUCGAGUCCAGCAGAGUGCGGGCCUCUUUUGUCCUUUGCUGACCAGGCCACUGUUAUUGGAAACAUUCCAGGUUUCUUUGUGCUGUAUUUCAGCCGAACUCUCCCACUGACUCCUACUUGUCUCCAGAUAUGUAUUGGUGUAAAUGAAAAGGUGGUAAGCUCUUAACUAGCUACCAAGAAAGACAGUUUAUUUACACUAAUAAGACGUUAUGUUCAUCCAUUUCAUUCUUACACUUUAUAAUUUAUCCAACAGUUUGUCCGAGGUCUCCACUUUCACUGUAGUCAAAACCAAUGCUUGUCACUUCAGUCAACAUUUUUAUUUUAAAGCUGCAGGUCAUCCCUUCUUAAUACGUCUGUCACCUACUUCUCAUUGCCGAUUUUUCCUCCCUUCCAUCCUCCCGUCGUGCUCUGCUCUCUUUUCUUUAAACUCAUCUCAGUCUCUUGGCGGAUGUGCUCUGCAGUGAUACAAAGUAGCUGGUUUCCCUCCUCCCUCCUCUCUGCUGCCAUCUGUUGUCAGGAUUAUCUGCUUGUCCACUCAGCAGUUUACAGGCAGGACCAGUUAGGAUUAGUAGACCUAUGCAGGCAUUUCCUAUUGAAACUGCAUGUCUGCUAUGUAGUGUGCCGCAUUCAGAUACAUGUAUCUCCGUUGUCAUGCCACCAUGACCUCACCUACCACUCAAUACAUUGACGAAACUGACACAUGGCUUUGUUUGAAUGCUUUUAUUUCAUCCCUUAAAGCGUGAUAUUAAUUUGAUUAAUGGUCGGUGUUAAGGAUUACUUAAAUCUGACCAUUUUAACACCAACAUUUUUGCUGAAAUUUCAUUCUUGUUUUAUCUUGGGUAGAAAAGCCAUUGAAACAGCAUUAUGCCAUCAUGACAAAAUAAUUUAAGGUGUAGUAGCAGCUCCUUAGCACCCUAAAGUUGAGCCUGUUGUGACAGUUGCAGAAAAGGCCCCCUCAUUUUUUGAUUUUCUAAACAAUUUUAAACUCAAAUUGAACAGGACUCUGACUUUGAAAGGUCUAUUUUGACAGAAUGGAUAUAUCUGAGAGUAUGAGAGAAUACAGAAAAUGUAACAUUCCACGAUUUUUCCGUAACAUUUAUUUCAAUUUAAUUAUCAAAAGUUCCCUUUUUUGUUUGCUCUCUUAAGCAGUUUAUUCGUUCUUUGCAUUGUGUCCCUCUGCAAAGUCAGAAAGCAACAUUUAUAAAUAUAUAUUUGUAAGUGAUGGUGUCCAAAAUUCAAAUGUAUUUUCUAUACCUGCAAAUUAACCCCCAUUUAUUGAUGACAUUGAUUUAUUGAUUGACCUUUAGUUUUAAUAAUUAAAAAGAAAUAUCUGAUUAAUUGGUCUGAUCUGAUCACACUGACCUGACUACAAAGUAGUUGUAACUUUUAUAGCCUCAUUAUUUUCAUUGCUAGGAAUCUGGAUGGCAUAAACCACAUCUGAUCCUAAAUCUGUGAAUCCCUUCGAAGGAAUUAUAAAAGGUUCGAGGCAUGCAGAGUACACAUAUCUUAACAGGUAUUCUUUUGUUACUUGAUAGAUUCUUCUUAUCGAAAGUCUUAAGUUCAUCCUCUUUGCUCAGGGUUUGAUGAAGUUUGAUGAAGUUAACAUAUGUGUGUGAGUGAGUGAGUGUGAGUGUGUGUGUGUGUGUGUGUGUAUAGAGGUUUAUUGUAAGAUGAUGAAAUUGUGAGACUGAUUCUGAAGAUGAUCACAUCUAGAAUUAUAUGGUGUUUCUUUUCUAAAUUAUAUUUUUAAAGCGUUUUGUUUUUUUCUUGUAUUCAUGCUUUCCGACAUGGCUUGCGAUGCUUCAACUUCUAAGGGUUGGUAAACCAAAGACUGUCAGGCACUUCAGUUAAUCCCAGUAACCGUAGUGAUUUGAAGAGAGAUCCAUUUGCUUCUCUGUAUUUUUAGACAUGCUGUAGAUGAUUUGUCUUAAAAGCUAAGUGACCCACUUCUCACUUAAAAACAUAACUACCCUUCAGUGUCACGUCUUUCUUUGGGUCCCAGAGUGUGACCAACGUGUUGGGUUUGUGAUGGAUGUUGCCUCUAAAUUUAGUGGAUACUUGCUAAGUGUUUAAGGUAAUUCUCCACUAACACAUACACACACACACACACACACACACACACACACACACACACACACACGCACACAUACAAGUUCUGUAUGGGGCGGUGACAUUUUACUCUGUAAUUUGAGCACAUUGGUUUUGAAACUACAUAAUGAUUCUGAUAAACUUUUUGCAUUAAGCAGUAAAUAGACACAUUAAUGUAAAAAAAAAAAUGCUUUGUAUUCCUUGUACUUGUAUGUAAUAAUAGAAUGGGAACAUGGACACCAAAAUUAACACAUGAACUGAGAUGGCUCUGUCACCAUGCUAACGCUAUUUAGCAUAGGCCUACACUAGGCUGAGCAGUAGUCAGCUUCUUGCUAACACUAUUUUGAGUGAGGGUUCACUCCACGCUAACACUUUAGCAUCGGUUUGAUGUUGAAUGGAUGUGGAGUCCGUGCAAAUAAUUUAUCUUUACAUUGUUAAGUUGUAUCAAACUCCAAGCUAACAUUUAAUAAGUGGUUGAUUAAAACUUUAGCACAGGCCUACACUACGCUGAGCAAUAGUCAGUUCUUGCUAACCCUGUUUUGAGAAAGAGUACACUUCAUGCUAACACUUUAGCACACAGUACUUGCUAACACAUUAUCUUGAUGUGAUAGCAAGCAUCAUGUGGACACUUAAUAUAUGUUGAGUGGUAGUUGACUCAACGAAAACACCUUGUCACACACUAUGUUAACUGAUAGCUGGCUCCAUGCUAAUAAUACAGCCUAGGCCUAUGCUAAAUUAGUUAGCUUCCAUUAAGUUCAGCUCCUAUGAGAUAUUGACAGUCAUGCCAGGUGUUGGAUGCUAACACCUUUUCAGAAAUGCAUAUUAAGAAGCUGUCCAUGAGAAGAAACCUUUUAGGAACAGAGGAGGAAAUUAUUAAUGGGGCAGGAUUUUGGCUUUUUUCAUGGCCAAUAGUUGUUGCCAAUAAUGCUGAAAUGUAAAACUCCCUGUUAAUGCAAAACAUAACUAUUUCUGCUUUUAUUGAGUCAAACUAUGUGAGAGCUCCAUUUCAUCUGAGGGCAUAUGGCAUGUAUUUUUUAAAGGUGUACAGCACCUUUUAAAAAAUAGCACAAUGUUCAACAAACAUGGCAAAUGUUUGGUGUCUAUGUUCCCAUCAAUGAAGUCAAGACAUGUUUAUUCAUGCAUUGCCAUUUUACGUCCAAAGUAAUACAAACUUAACAAACAAAAUAUGCUACCCAGUAUGAAGUUUUGAGUUUCUGCGGUUUGUUGAGAUGGGAAUGAUAACUGCAUGUGGGAGUCCCCUCUGUUCCCUCUCAGUAGUUCAGGAAAAUCACCUCUACCUAUAACAUCAAAAUCGGUGUCUUUAAACACAUAGCAACAAUAUUUAGUUGUUUUUUUUUUCUUCUGAUAUGAUGUGAAUGUGGCAUUAAGCUGAUGAACUGCACAACCGUUAACUUUGAGACGUUUUUAUCGUACAGUUUUCGGAUGAGCUUGGAUUCCAAGCGCUGCAAAUAAACAACUGUUGCUGUAACUGAUUUUGAUCCGCGGACAGUGAACCAAAUUUGGUCUACAGUGCCUUGUGAAAAAUCUAUUGUGUGAUACCCACAGAAGUCGUGUGAAAGGAGCUAAGCUGGCAGGCGGUGUUUACAGGUUGUGGCUGUUUAUUAUCAUCAUCCUCAUAUCCUUAAGAAAAUGUUUGUCAUUUUGGUGUUCACUGCAAUCAUCAAGAAAAGUCUCAUUGUUUGUUCAAAUCAUAUCAUUCAUAUUUAACUGGUUGAAACUAUUAGAAAUUGCUAUGCAUUCACUGCUAGAAUUAGAGUAACACUUCCUUUUGAUUCUGAUGAAAUUAAGGCCUUCAUGUUAUGUUUUAGCAUUUCAUGUUUUGUAGCAUUUAAUCUAUAUUUUCUAAGUAUCAAGCGAAUCCCCAUAAGGCAUCAUUUGAGGUUUAACACCUUUAAAGCAUAGAUAUUUUGUGAAUUUGUUUGCUGUGUUUCUGUUGUUUUAGACCUUUCAUCUGUCUGUUGGGUGGACGUGUUGUGUUCUGGAGAUUUGAGUUUGAAUCUUGACUUGCUGUCCAUUUUACUCACUGUUCUGCCGACUUAAAUGCAGCACUUUCACAACCUCACGACACGUCUUGCCCUACAUUAUUUUUUGAUAGCGUUCUUAUUUUUCAAAUAUAUAGCCUAUAUAUCAGAUUUGAUGCAUUUGUCUUUUUUUUUUGUAGCGUGACCUUUUUUCCGAGGAAAUUUCUGAAAUCUGAAAAGAGACUGGACUGUUUUACGAAAUAGCUUAAAACUAUUGAUGUGAGAGGAGUUAUGUACUGUAGCUGCAACUUGUGAAUUCAGAGCACCCCUUUAAAAUUCAAUAAAUUUGAUUUGAUAGACUGUUUUGAA